AUGAGCGACUCGAUCCCGGGGGGCGCGCCCGGCGCGCCGGCGCCACCUCCAGCGCCCCCGGCCGACGCGGCCCCGGCGCCGCCUCCGGCGCCCGGCGCCUUCGCCGUCGGCAGCGCGUGCUUCUGCGCGCACCAGUCGAACUGGUACAAGGCGCGCGUGCGCCAGGUCGCCGGCGACGGCGGGCGGGUGCGCUACCUCGUCCACUACGACGGCUGGAACGCGCGGACCGACGCGUGGGUCGACGGCGCGUCGCUCCGCGCCGCGGACUACGACUUCGGCCCGGCGGCGGCGGCCGAGCCGGCCGCGGCGGGCGGCGGCGCCGCGCCCGCGGCGCCGCCGGCGAAGCGGCGGAAGCGCGCCGCCGCCGCGGCGCCCGCGGCGCCCGCGGCGGCGGCGGCCGACGGCGGCGGCGCGCGGCUCCGGCUGCCCCUGCCGCGCGAGCUCCGCGACGUCCUCGUGCGCGACUGGGAGCAGGUCACGCGCGAGCCGCGCCACUGGCCGGCCCUGCCCCGGUCGCCGACCGUCGCGGAGCUCCUCGCGGGCUUCGUCGACGGCAGGGCCGCGGCCGCGCCCGGGGCCCAGGCGGCCAAGUGGCGCGACGUGCUCCUCGUGAAGACGGACCUCGCGCCGGGCGAGCUGCCCCAGCUCGCCGCGAAGCUCGGGGCCCUCGUCGACCACCUCGCGAAGCGGCGGGGCGAGCUCUUCCUCGACCACUACGAGCUCCGCGAGGCCCACCUCGGCGCCUACGGCCUCGGCGCGCCCGAGCGGCGGGCCUAG